AAGCAUUUCUCCAAAGUUUCUUGCAAUGUAUCAACAAAAUUACUAUGGAAAUUGAUGAAAUUGAUCUUCACGAUGAUCAAAGAUCCGGCUUUUUGGAGAAAUAUUUGAGUGGGCAAAUAUCGUUUGACGAAUGGUUGAAAUGUUAUUCCGGUGACCCAGAUAAGCCUUCAGAAGAUGGAGAAAACGUGCUGUUAGAUGAAAAUGAACACCCUGAAUUUAAUGAGACCUCCGAUGCCAUCAGCCAAAAGAACGCUGUUGUUGGUCAAUCAAAAGUUGGGGAAUCGGACAAUAAGCAUGAUGACGAAGACUGUCCUGACUCGUCUUCUGAAUUAUUUCAUCCAUCCAUUGUACGUUUCCCAAAGAAAAUGACGGAACUUCUAUUGAUGGGACAAGCCUCUCAAUCUGCUAAAUCUGUCGACGAAUUCAUGGAUGAACUACCAAUCAUUGGCAAAAAGCGAAAACGUCGUAGACGAAUGAAUGAACUUGGCAGGGAGCAUCGUGCUUUAAUGGGCAAGAUCAACAUGUUGUAUGCUAAGAAACAAUUUGAUGAAGCUUGGAAUCUAUGCGAAGAAUUAAUUCAAAAAGUUCCCCGCGUCCCAGAACCAUUUCAAACGCUAGCUUUCAUUUGCGAGGAGAAAAAUGACCCUGUCAAAGCUCAUCAGUACAAGUUGAUUGCAGCUCAUUUGGGGUCAGCUGAUUGCGAGGAAUGGAUUGAAUUGGGUGAAACGUCCUUAAAGAGAGGAAAUCCGCAGGAAGCUCUGAUAUGUUUUAAUGAAGCCAGCAGAAAAGAUCCCACAAAUGUCGACAUUCUCAUGACCAAAGCUUCUAUUUAUGAGAAUCUCAAGCAGCAAAAAAAGAAGAUGGAAGUAUAUGAAAAUAUACUUAAGGUUUUGCCGAAUGACGGAGAAAAGUAUUUUUCGCAUGCCAAAAUGGUUGCACAAUUAUACCAUAGCGACAAACAACCUGAGAAAGCAAUUGAAGUAUUGUACCAAGCUUUCAAGAAAUAUCCAGAUGAAAUCAAAUACGAAGAUGUAAACAUCUUCUCCGAACUCUAUAUGUCACUGCGUCAAUUUAACAAAGCAUUCCAAGUGUUAUGUCAAUAUUGCGAUGUGACCUUUGAGGAUGCUGAAUACUGCAACUCUUUAGUGAAUGCAGCCGAAGUGCUUACUGAAGAGGAUCUUGUGAAUGAGAAAAUUUCCGACUUUACGUUUGAAGUUGGGGUGGAAACUCCUGUUGAUAUUCGCACUAAAAUCGCCGUCUGUCUUAUCCAUUGCAAAGCGAAAGCAGACAAAAUUCAGGAGAUUAUAUCGCCCAUCUUUAUGGAACCAAUUGAAGAAGUAGGAGAUUUGUACCUGGACAUAUCUGAAGCGUAUUUUGAGACAGGGUGCUACGAAGAAGCUCUCGUUUUGUUGGAUCCCCUUGUCAACACUGUGCAUUUUGGACAGGCUGCUGUAUGGUUGAAGAAAGCUGAGUGCCUGUCGAUAUUAGAAAGGGACGAGGAAGCGGCGAGUGCUUAUUCCAUGGUUGUUGCUUUGGCUCCCAAUCAUAUUGAAGCGCGAUUUACUCUUUCAACUUUGUAUCAAAGACUGGGUUACUAUGAAAAGGCCUUGAGUGUUUUGGAAGCCAAUGACGAUAAAGAUGAUUACGGGUUUGAUAUUGAAGAAAAUGAUCGAGAUAUUUCUCUGACAGAGAAAAAACCCGACUUUGGUCAGCUUUCAACUCAGGAAGUUCGACUUGCCUAUCAUCGAUGCUUAUUGCUACACUCUCAAAAUAAGUUUGAUGAAUUUUUGUGUGAUGGCCUUAAACUUUUGGCUCAUUACAUGGCAGAUGUCUACCAUGAUGAAGAUCUGCUUAGUGGUCGGCCAUCACGAAACUACAGGAUGGCUCUUGCAAGAAUGAAAAGAAUUUGUGAAGACAUACCCGAAGAAUUAAGAGCUCAAGGAGGAAUGUAUGCUGAUAUAAAACGUGAAGACUGGUGGAAUCUUCUAUUGCAGGUUGCUCGAGUUUUACACAGUGCUAGUCGUCUAUCAGAACUAGAGCAUAUUAUAAAAUGUGCUAUGAGUGCACUCCAAUUCAGUGGGAUCAAGAUUUAUCAACGUGAACUGGAUUUUCUUGGAGUUACUGCUAGCUAUUGUAAUGGUAAUUUGUCUGCUGCUUUUGAUGUGCUUCGCGUGGUUCUUAUAAGGGACACAAAUUGCAUACAUCUUUGGAAUAUGUUUGCAAGAUUGAUGGUUGGAAAUGGUGAUUCGAAACAUCAAAAGUUUUGUCUUCGUUUGCUACUCAAGAACCCCGAGAACUUUGCCCUUCAGAUAAUAAACGGUCAUAAUGCUUUAUCAUCUGGAAAUUACAGAUAUGCGUUAGGGGAAUAUGCCAGAGCAUUUCGUCAGAAACCUUUAGACCCAAUGGUAAGCUUAUUGAUGGGAUUGUCUUUCAUUCAAAUGGCUUGCCAGAAAUUUCAAUAUUGUCGAAACGCCAGCAUCGUUCAGGGAUUCCUAUUUCUUUAUCAAUACGAAGGUUUACGAGGGCGAUGUCAGGAGACUGAUUUUAAUCUGGGAAGAAGUUAUCACCAAAUUGGUUUAUUGAACUUUGCGUCACAUUACUACCGUCGAGUUCUUAACUACCCAAUGAUAGAAAAUGGCGAUAAAAGCGAAAUGUUUUGGGACAAAAAUAACCUCCAUCGUGAAGCUGCCUUCAACUUGUCAUUAAUAUAUCGUACAAGUGGCAAUAAUCAAGUGGCUAAGGACCUUUUACGAAAAUAUUGCUUAUUUUAAACAAUCUUCGUGGAAUACGUUUUACCUACAGAACGAAGCGCUUGUCUACAGCAGAAAACCUGUUUAGAAGUACUCGGCUAGUAGAAAUUCUUGAAUGGGUACGCUGUUGUUCAGUCACGCUAUGAGAAUCGAGUUUCGUGUUUCGGCAAUACUUGGAUAUGAAGUGGAGGGUCAUUUCCGCGUUGACAUCCUUUAUAAAUUGCAAAUUCAUUUAUGUAGCUGUAAAUGAAUCUCGGACUUAGUGACGAAAUUUUGUAAAACAGAAGAAUGUAGAUGUACAAAGUAGCAAAAAUAUUUAUCACAAAUAUCCUAUUUUCAACAAUAGCGUCACGUAAGUAUUUUACUUGAGUACGUGCUAUGUUUAAAUCAAAAAAUGUGUUCACAAACUUGUUUUUCAAACAACAAACUUAAUAAACAUAUUUAGCGAUGCCAUACUAAACUGAUUUUAUGGCAUUGUAAUAAAUAUACUGAUACAAGAAAUUUGUACACCAUUUUGCCAAAAAAUAUCGUCACGCUUUUUCGCGCGAUAUGCUAAUUUAUGAUGAGUCUAUUAAAUCACAUGGGUAGAUUGGAUUAUUUAUUCUUUUUUGCAAAAAAAAAAGCAAUAAAAGGAUGUUUUCAGAACUAUA